CGCGGGCGGUGCACAGCUGGACGCGCCACUGGACCAGAGACGGUGGGCGCGGAGUGCGUGCAGAGCGCACGGGGCAGGGGGCGCCGCGCGGCCGUCACUCCACCAUGCUUAAGCGCUGCGGCCGGCGCCUGCUGCUGGCGCUGGCGGGCGCUCUGCUUGCCUGCCUGCUGGUGCUCACGGCCGACCCACCGCCGCCCCCGGUGCCAGCCGAGCACGGCCGGCGCGCGUUGCGUAGCCUAGCGGGCCCCGCGGGGGCGGCCCCGGCGCCCGGGCAGGAGGCAGCGGCGUCGCCUGGAGUGCUUGCCCGCGAGGUGCACAGUCUGUCCGAGUACUUCAGCCUGCUGACCCGCGCGCGCAGAGACGUGGGCCCGCCGCCCGGGGGCGCCUCCCGCCCCGCUGACGGCCACUCGCCGCAGCCGGCGGAGCCGCUCGCGCCCCGCGACGUCUUCAUCGCGGUGAAGACCACCAAAAAGUUUCAUCGCGCGCGCCUCGACCUGCUGCUAGAGACCUGGAUCUCGCGCCACAAGGAGAUGACCUUCAUUUUCACCGAUGGGGAAGAUGAAGCUCUGGCCAGGCGCACGGGCAAUGUGGUCAGAACUAACUGCUCGGCUGCCCACAGCCGCCAGGCCCUCUCCUGCAAGAUGGCUGUGGAGUACGACCACUUCAUCAAAUCGGGGAGGAAGUGGUUCUGCCACGUGGACGAUGAUAAUUACGUCAAUGUACGGGCCCUGUUGCGGCUGCUGGCCAGCUACCCCCCUACACAGGACAUUUACAUCGGCAAGCCCAGCCUGGACAGGCCCAUCCAGGCCACAGAGCGGGUCAGCGAGCACAAGGUGCGUCCUGUCCACUUCUGGUUUGCUACUGGUGGGGCUGGCUUCUGCAUCAGCCGGGGGCUGGCCCUGAAGAUGAGCCCAUGGGCCAGCGGGGGCCACUUCAUGAGCACAGCCGAGCGGAUUCGGCUGCCAGAUGACUGCACCAUUGGCUACAUUGUGGAGGCCCUGCUGGGUGUGCCCCUCAUCCGCAGUGGCCUCUUCCACUCCCACCUGGAGAACCUGCAGCAGGUGCCCUCCUCGGAGCUGCAUGAGCAGGUGACCCUGAGCUAUGGCAUGUUUGAAAAUAAGAGGAAUGCUGUCCAUGUGAAGGGGCCCUUCUCGGUGGAGGCCGACCCAUCCAGGUUCCGCUCCAUCCAUUGCCACCUGUACCCGGACACACCCUGGUGUCCUCGCACCGCCGUCUUCUAGCAGCCAUGGCUAAGACCCCGUCCCUGGGCACCCCUGGUAUCCAAAGGGCCCGGGGACCCCUGUUGUGCCACCCUGGCCUUGGCAUUCGAGGUUCCCCAGGGCUGUGCCUGUCCGUGGAGCAGACUGCUGAGCAGCUCUGCUCGUGGAGGAGCAGGCAAACCAGCAGCCUGGCUGCCUCCCCAUGCUCCGAGGGCAGUGGCCCUAGAACCCAUGCCCGGAAGAAUCUGUCUGUCAGGUCACUCAGAAGGCAGUUGGUGAUUAUGAAUUGGGGCCUUUGGGCAGCAUGGGACUGGGGGCUACUCUGCAGGGGUGUGCAGGCGCCUGGCCCUUCCCCUCCCCUGCACUCCCAGGGGAGCUGAUGCUCAGUGAGGGAGCGCUGGGUUUGGGCUCAGUGUCCCAGAUCUGCUCCCCACACUGAGCACUGGCCCCCCCACUGUGGCUCAGAGCAACAGCAGCUACUGCCUGCCUUCAUGCAGCUCCCCAUUAAGCCCUCAGUGGCUGCCCUCCCAGCCAUUUGCGGGCAAGGGUCUUCUGGGCCCUCCUAGCCGUCUUCCCUCUGUCUCCCCGUGGUGGGGAGUCAGAGAUGCAUGUUGUAUCUCCUCUCCAAAGUAGAGAGAAAGUCGCCCAUAGUGGGUGUGUCUGUAAAUAUUGUGACAGUAUUUUUUUACUGUGUGUGUUUUUUGAAAAGGGGGGGGUGGGUAAAAAAGUAGGAUGUUUCUGUCUUUUUUUUCAGGGGGUGGGGGAGGGUGUUAUUUUAUCUUUUCUGUGGAUCAGAAAAAGCAGAAGCCAAACCAGGGGUAUUCUUUGUUGUUAAAGCAGAUGGAAACAUCUAACACUGUGUAUUUAUGUGUCUGGACUCUCCCGCCCCAUUCCUGCAUAGUACCUGUCUCCUGCAGGCCCAGCUUGGUGCACCUGGCCUGUGAGCUGUGUUUUGUCUUCUAUUUUUCUUUCUGCAAAGACAUAGCUAGGAAAGUGAAUAAGGGAGAAGUUCUCAGGGAAUUGAAGUGUGGUUGCUAUGGUGAUAUCCUUUGCUGUGAAUAAAGGUGCUCUUUGGGGCAAUCCCGGG